GGCCAAGCAUGUAAUUAGAAAUUAAAGCCUAACCAAGUUGAGAACUGGCUCUUAAUAGACAAAUGGAAAUUUAUCAAGUGCUUCACAAAAAGAAAGAGGGGGCUGGAAAGGAAGGAAUGGUGUUUGCUGCUGUACAGAAGGCAAGAAAAGAAACUGAACAACUAGCAUAGCACUGGCAAGAUUCAAAACGAUAAAUAGAAUCUGACAAGAUAAAACACCGUUACAUGGAAUUUAUGUCAUCUGAAGACUCUAUGGAUGGAAGGAAAAGUUAACAAAGAAAAGACCAUGUUCUAGAAAUUCAUUGAAACGUCUAAACCUUUCUCAAGUGAGUCAAAAGAGCAAAUGUGAAUUCAGUUUUACCUAAUGGUUAGAUGCGUUUUUAGAUUAAGUUAGAUGUCUAUUUUCCUUUUCUUUGUCUUCAAACCAAUAUGCUUUCCACACACGCCCAUAACAAAGAAAAAGAGGGCUGGGGCCAUACAGGGAACUAUCCUAUAAUAGACCUAUUAACACCAAAUGAAGUUGAGAUUUGGGCAACCAUAGUGAUUUGAGGAAUGAGAUAGUGGAUGAGGCUCCAUUGGUAAUGCUAGAACUCUUUUUUUUUAUAUAAGUAAAGAAAAGUAGUAUAUAUAGUAAAGAUGAGACACCAAAAGUAGUGCUCUUAGAGUAUACAGGAAGUAUACAAAAAUAGCCUAAAGGCUCAAACUUAGAGGGGAGGGAAAGAAGCAAAAAAAUCACCUGCCCUUAAUUUGAGCCUAACCAAUCAAUGAAGUUAACAAGAGAAAAUAGGCUCAUAUCUAUAGAAACCUUAGACCAAGACCACAAAUUACAUAUAAAUAUUUUUUUCAAUCUUUGGAUUGAUAACUCUUUAUUGUCAAACACUAACAAGUUUAUUUCUUUUUACACUGUCCAAAAUAUACAUAAAUGUGCUGCUUGCCAAGCUUUUUUCGAACUUUACCCAUGAAAGAACCAUGCCACCCAAGAAGAGUUUCUUUCACCAAAUACAAGAGAACCCAAGACACACCACUGAGGGAAAAAAAAUAGAUUCCAAAAAACCCAAGUCUUUGCAUAAUGAAGAAGAAGGUGAUCAACCUGUCUCUAUUUCAAAGAGGCAAAGGAAACACUUAUUUUCCAAAUAGUACCCUCUCCUUGGAAUUUGGUUCAAAGUUAAAACUUUCCCCCAAGAUGCCUCCCAGGCAAAGAAAGCCACCUUAGGUGGCGCGCAUGAUCUCUAGAUGCUACCACUAGGGAAUAAAGGAGUAUCAUUGGGCUCCCAACUAGAUAGAGAGAUUUGACCAAAAAGUUCCCACACCUCAAAGCUGUCUAAAUCAAUCUAUCAUCCACAUCCCUGUGUACCUUAAUUGCUUAAAUCUUUUGCAAAAAACGCUCCACUAAAUCUAACUCCCAAUCAUUAAACGCUCCAUAAGAUUCUGUGUGAAUUGAAUCACUCAUUUUGUUUCCUGUAGCAUUUGAACAUACAAGUUAUUAAUAUAUGUCAUAGGGUCUAUACUUUAGCGAUAGGUAUCAUACUUUGCCCUUUUGCUCAAUGUAGUCUUUAUACUUUCUGUUAAGUCAUACAUUUCCUUGAGAUGUUUAAACAUUUAAAUGUGGUUUAGGGAAUUUUUUUUUUCCAGUAGGAAGCUUGAUGAAGAGACUUGCAUGAUACUAUGUCUUUUUGCUCACAAAAAACAAGUUGUUUUUCAGCUUCUCACCAGGACCUCUUUAUCUGUAUGAUACUUCUAAGCUCUUUUCCAUGGUUACUGUAAACUCAACUUUUCCCUAGUGGAGUUGGAUGAAUCCACACAAACAUGUAUUUUCCUUACACCACCAUUGACCAUGAUGGGGUAAUAUACUCAGAUUCUUGCAACUUUACCAUCAUUAUAUGUUUGAUUUAUUGAAUAGAGUUAGUGGAGAUUUUGCUUUCUUGAACAAGUGGGAACAUCUCAUUUAUCACACUUCAAUAUGUUGGAAACAUAUCAUCAUCCACUACAUUCAGAUUAGUCAUGUGUGGCUCUCACAAUCUUGAAGAGUCAAGGCUUUUGUACCUUGCAUGAAGAGGUUUUGCCGCCUAUUACUAGAAAAUGGGCCAUGCAAGGUUAUCAACUAAUAAAUCGAAUCCUCUAGCACUGAUUUGUGGGACCUGGACAUUUUUAAAGAAUUGAAUUCACUCAUGGUCUUGUAGGAAGCUACUUGGAUUCUUAAUAUAGGUUGAUUGCCAUGAUCUUUGAGUCAGGAUACAAGUUCUCCCAUCUUUUCACUUAAGGACACACUAUAAUUUUGGGAACUCCAUCAACUUCAAACUUUUGAAAGGUUGUAUCAACAGGGGUGCCUCUUUUGCAGUGUUGUUUGUGGAAACAUAUGCACCAUGCACCAAAUAUUUGAAUGGACAACUAUAUAUGUCCUGCUGCUUUUAGGUGCAUACACCAAUGUUUGAGUAGACAACCAUAUCUAUACCUUUUUUGUUUUAAGCAUUCUCUCACAUAACGUUUCUACGAGCACUUUAGGUAUUUAAGUUUUUAGUAGGGAUUGCAAUGGAGAACAAACCCUGGUCUCUGGAAAACCAUGGGCACAUUUGUAGGACACUUAGUUCCUGGUUUAGCUCUCACCCUUCUUGGUUUAUGGCACACCAUAAACACCAUUAGAGCCUAUGCUCUCAAAGGCUCCACUAACUUCACAGUGAAGUUCUGGUAUCCAUUCAACAGCCCUUUUCCCAAUCUCAAGUACUUGGAGCUCAUCUUCAUAUUGUUUUUCUCUAUCUUUGCAAUUUUCAUGCAAGUUCUAGACUUUCCCUUCAUUCGCCUCUCUUUUGAGCUCGACAAUUUUGAGCAUGCAUCCAUGUUCCUUCACCUUGCCAUAUUUGCUGGUUUUACCCUUUCUGCAGAAUUAACUCAUUCACUCGAGGGACUAUCUGGGGUUUCUGGUAUCCUUGCAGCCUCUGUUUUUGGUCAAGAACUUUUCUUGCUCCAUUUCCAUUCAACUGAUCAUGUUGGACUUGAAGGUCACUAUCAUUGGCUGUUGCAGCUCAUAGUGUUGGUCUCCCUUGUAGCAGCUUUGGCAGCAACUAGUUUUCCCACCAGCUUUCCUGCAGCUCUUGUUCUUUCUACUGCAGUUGUAUUUCAAGGAUGUUGGUUUAUGAACAUGGGGUUUAUGUUAUGGGUUCCUGAGUUUGUUCCAAAGGGUUGCAAAGUUCAGUUGACCUCCAGCAGUGAUAGCAUGCAUGGCGCAGUUGCUUGUGGGUCGCAUGAUGCAGAUUUGAGGGCAAGAGCACUGGCCAACAUGCAGUUCAGUUGGAUACUAUCUGGAAUUUUGAUGUUUGUGGGAUCUCUCUGCCUGAAAUUAGUUGGCAAAUGCAGCUCAAAGGCUGGGUUCAUUGAAUAUGAGCAACUUCACAGUGGAGUUCCAAAUGUCCCAAUAGCCAUUGAUGGCUUCAAGGAAGCUCAGACAUGAGAUGCUGUGAACGUGUCAACAUGUAAAAACUGAUGUCCACUUUAAAGGGCAUUUAGAGCACUUAUGUUGCUAGUAAUGUCGGAUUUCAAUCUUCUGUCAAUGAUAUAUAUAUAUAUACCUUAGAUUCUA